UGGACAAAACCCCUCCAUUAUUAUUUUACAUGUCCUUUGCCACUUCUUUUUGUCUUUCUUUUAUUAAUCUUGUAUAACAACAAUGAAGACUGAGUUCUAAGCUUGUUUAUUCACCUUCCUUUUCGUGAAAGUUUCUCCCAUCAUGAAAAUGAAACAUUUCUUCCAAGACCACACAUCAUCUGACACCAAUUUAGACAACCAUGAUCCAAAGAUGGGGUCAAGUAACAUUUCUAGCGAUGUCAUAAUAAUGCAGGAGCCAAGCUGCUGCUUUCCUUUAAAAGGGAUGGAUCUAAAUCCUGCACGCGUGAUUUUGGCAGAAUGGGUGGGGACUUUUAUUUUGAUGUUCUCUGUGUGUGGGAUCAUAUCGAGCACUCAGCUGUCUAGAGAUGGAGCGGGUCUGCUGGAGUAUGCCGCCGCAGCAGGGCUGUCUAUAAUUGUUAUAGUCUUCAUAAUAGGACCCAUUUCCGGUGCCCACGUUAACCCUGCAGUCACCAUUGCCUUUGCAACUCUAGGCCAUUUUCCAUGGUCCAGGGUACCAUUUUACAUUUUGGCACAAUCAUUUGGGGCUCUGUUGGCAACAUACGCAGGAGUGGCUAUCUAUGGCAUAAAAUCGGAUCUCAUGGCGACAAGGCCUGCCCAAGGCUGCACUACCGCCUUCUGGGCGGAGCUUGUUGCCACAUUCAUCCUUAUGUUUCUUUGUGCAGCGUUGGCACGCCAAGCUCAAUAUGUGGGUUCUGUGGCCGGUCUAGUUGUUGGAAUAGCUAUUGGACUUGCAGUACUCAUCACAGGGCCGGUUUCAGGAGGAUCACUCAAUCCUGCAAGAUCAUUAGGACCUGCAAUUGCCUCCGGUAACUAUGAGGGGAUAUGGAUAUACCUAACUGCCCCUGUGAUCGGGGCUGUAGUUGGUGCCCUGCUAUAUCGAUUUCUUUAUCUUCAAGGGCCACCUUGCACUGCUAGUUCUUCCCCUGACACCAGUCUGCUCAACAAUCACUCCCUGGCAUUUGGUGUGGGAGUUAUUGCAGAAUAAGAAUUAUGUAUAAUAUAAGUCUUCUAUAAAAAGAGGAACAAUGCCUAUGACUCUCUAUGCAUUGCAUCAGUGCACAUAGCUCAGAUUGUCAUUGCAUAUUUGCAUUAAUAAUAUACACUUAAUUGGAUGAGUUUGUAUAAAUUAACUUGGGGUUGUCUAAUAUAGCGAUUUGGUUUGA